CUUUUAUGUUCAUUAAUUCCCAAUUUAUGAAACGAAACUCCAUCCCACGCCCCUAUUAUUCUUCUCAGAUCUAUCAGAACUUCCUACCCUACGGAAUCUGAGUCCCAAAGAAAUCCUCACCGGUUCUGUUUUCUCUUGCAUCGACUCCCGAGGUGAUUCUCCGCUCAAACUCAUCCGAUCGACCACAGAUUCAGCGUCACUUCCCUUCAAAACCUGCGCAUAAUCGUAGAUUUGGUGGCUUUGUGCGUUGGGCAAACCUUUGGAUGAUGUGGAACUCGAUUGCGAAUUUGAAGGAGAGCUUGAACAAGAUCGCGCUCGAUGUCCACGACGAUGACGAUGGGGAGCUCGAGAUCUAUGUCUCCCGCAAUAGAGUAGACGAUUCUCCGGUUUCUGAUCGGAGGAGUUCCCACAGUUUCGCGCAUUCUAAUUCGGUCUCGCGGUCUCCGGUGGCGAAUGGGAUCGGUUCCGCGUCUAAUUUCGAGAUUGAGCGGUACAAAUCUGAAAUCAAGAGACUUCAGGAAUCUGAAGCGGAAAUUAAAGCGUUAUCAGUUAAUUAUGCUGCUUUGUUGAAAGAAAAGGAGGAUCAGAUAUCUAGAUUGAAUAAAGAAAAUGGAUCUUUGAAACAAAAUUUCGAUGCAACCAAUGCAGCUCAGAAUGCAUCAGGAAAUGAAGGUGCCAAAGCACUUGCAAAUGGCAUUAAUGUGCACAAGGGGAGUGCUGAUCAAUCACCCAACCGACAGCAUAGAAUCACAACUCAAGCAAAAAACCGUUAUGCUGGAAACCAGAUACACAAUGGUGUUGUCUCCAAACAAGAUGGAAUAAGCAAUGGAAUCACACAUGCUGUUCAAUCUAUUGUCACUCAAAGUAAGAUGGAAGCAAAACAUUCAAACUUGCUUGGGAGGGAGAAGGAGCUUGCAGAUUCGCUAGAAGAGAAAAAUAGGUCCCCUGCAGCACUGCAGGUCACUCAUGAGUUAAAACAAUUGAGGAUGGAACUUGAAAAAGAACGCACAAAGUUGGGAAAUAUUCAGUCAAAAUUACAAGAGGAACAGAAAUUGAAGGAGUCUUUCCGGGAGCUCAAAUCACUGAAAUUCGACAGAGACAGUACCUCUGAGGAGAUGAACAACAUACAAAACGAGUUGAAUGAGAAAAUUUCAGAAAUAAAACAACUGCAAAGGGAGCUGAAAGGACGGAAGGAGGAAGGCGCUGAUGACAUUGCGCAAAGUUUGAAAAGAGUAAUUGCAAGCCUAGAGAAGGAAAACAAUAGUCUUAAGAUGGAGAAAAAUGAACUCGAGGUUGCUCUGGAAAUGAGCAGGAACGCUCAGACUGAGGUGCGAUCAGAUGCCUCCCAGCCUUUAAGUAAACAUCCAACUAGUUUGAAUGAGAAGGACAAUUCAUCUGGAAGUUUCCCUGGAAAGGAACAAAUGGAGCAAAGUUUGGAAAAACUGGAUAAAGAUUUGAAGGAAACACGCCAGGAAAGGGACAAAGCAUUGCAACAAUUGGCCCGUCUUAAGCAGCAUUUGUUAGAAAAGGAGUCUGAAGAGUCUGAAAAAAUGGAUGAGGACAGCAAAAUCAUUGAACAGCUACGAGAAAAUAAUGAAUAUCAAAAGGCUCAAAUAUUGCUCUUGGAGAAAGCGCUGAAGCAGGCCAUUGCAAGUCAGGAGGAAAUUAAGACGAUCAACAACCAUGAAAUUCAGAAGUCAAAGGAAAUUAUUGAUGACCUAAAUAAAAAACUUGCCAACUGUUUGGCCACAAUUGAUGCCAAAAACGUUGAGCUUCUUAAUCUACAAACUGCUCUUGGUCAGUACUAUGCUGAAAUUGAAGCUAAGGAACAUUUGGAAGGAGAUUUGGCACGGGCAAGGGAAGAGUCAGCUAAACUUUCCAAAUUGUUGAAAGAUGCAGGUCAACGAGCAGAGGUAUUGAAAGGGGAGAAGGAUGAAAUCUUGGCCACAAUUUCCCAAUCUGAAAGAACACUAGGAGAAUGGAAAAGCAGAGUAAAUAAGCUUGAGGAAGACAAUGCAAAAUUGCGGCGUGCUCUUGAGCAGAGUAUGACGAGGCUUAAUAGGAUGUCAAUUGACUCAGAUUUUCUUGUUGACAGGCGGAUUGUGAUCAAGUUACUGGUGACAUACUUCCAAAGAAACCACAGCAAAGAGGUUCUGGAUCUUAUGGUUCGUAUGUUGGGGUUCUCUGAUGAAGACAAACAGAGGAUAGGUGGUGCUCAACAAGGUGCAGGCAAAGGUGUUGUACGUGGAGUGCUAGGGCUACCUGGCCGCCUAGUCGGUGGCAUCUUGGGAGGGGGUUCGGCCGAAUCUGCAAGCACAGCAUCUGACAACCAGUCCUUUGCAGAUCUAUGGGUCGAUUUUCUUCUCAAGGAAACCGAAGAAAGAGAGAAAAGGGAAUUGGCCGAUAAUGUCAGCAGAUCUAAGGAAGAUUCACAUGGAAGAGGUUCAAAUGCUGCAAUUGUUGGUCCACCUGUGGCCGACCAAACACCAAACACUUCUAUUACAGCAUCGAGUUUCUCAAGACUAAACUUCUCGCCGAGCCAGAAUUCUAGCCCCUUACCCUCUCGUGGAAAUCUUGAAUCCGAGUUCUCAACAGUUCCUCUCACAUCAUCGGAUCCACCGAACUCAAGACUGCUACCAAAAUACUGAAAAUGUGUUGGAUUAUAUAAUUAAAUCAAAGGUAUAGCUUACAAUUUGUCGAUGUUAUCUUUUUCAAUUAAUUCUUUUACAUUGAAAUAAAUGUUUCUUCGUUUGGCUGCGCGUA